GUGGAGACCUUCCUGUGGGUGGGAGAGGCGACGUCCCCUCGGGCACGCAAGAUCGCCCAGGCCAAGCACCAGUUCCUCUUCGGCACCUCCGAGCAGGAGGCCUCAGCGCACGAAGGUGCCGCAGGCCAGCGGGAGUCAAACCUCAAUGCGGAGCCUCAGGAUACGCACGUGAGCCAAAGGGACGGCGGCAGCGAGGACGCGAACACGGACGGCGGGACCGAAGCGGCAGCGGAGGGCAUGGACACGGCCGGCGCCGUUCAGCCCAAUAACAAAUCCCUGAUCACGGCCCAGGCCGACGGUGACCCCACUCACUUGGCACCAAGCAUCCGCAGCCAUGAAGACGGCGACUUGGAGCAAUUGCAGGCGACCGACGGUGACCGUGUAAGGGCAACCGGAAGCGCUCCUUCGAAGGACAGGAAAGUAUCGCACUCGGACGACUUCAACGGCUGCCUCGAACUAGACUCCCUCGUCAUUUCAGAAGAAGACGAUCCCCCGUGCGAGGGCAGCUCCGAGCAGCCGAGGGGGGACAUCGAUGGAGGACACGCUGAGGUCAGACGUGUUUCGGACACCCAGGCAGUUGGCGUGCAGUCUGACUUUGGUGCGACGGGACCCCGGCCGGCGGAGCUGACUGGACUGAGCAUAGUGAUGCCGCUCGCCGCAAGAGAGGAGGCCGCAGGGGAAGAAGCGAGCGGACAGAGGAGGCUUGAGGACGAGUGCAGCGCUGCGGCAGAGGAGGAUGGAGAGGUGCCCCUGGAGGACGAGGUGUUUGUGGAGCCUGGGCGCGUCUGCCCGGAGAGCCCCAACAAGGGUCCCACGGCAGAGGGGGGAUUGGCCAGCCUCAUGAUGCGUGAGAUCCGGCGCAGCGUGGAGCUGGUGCCAGGAGAGGGUGGCGGCAACGCCGGCAUUGCCGGUGGCGGCAGCGGUGUCAUUUGUGCCGAAGAUCCCAGCACCGACGCCUUCAGCCGCGAUGCUGAGAGCAUCCUAGAGGCUCACCACGAGCGCGGAAUGUCCUACUCGAGCAUGGACUCGCUCGACGUUCUCAGCUCGGCCGCCCCUCCAUCUGGUGAGCCGGAAAACGCCGCCGCCGACGACGACGACGACGAGCCCUGCUUCGAUUUCUCCGAGGCGACGCUCACGCCGGGGGUUCGCGAGUGGAUGAUGGACGCUUCGGACACUUCGCCAGUUCCUGCUCUGAACUUCGCCGGCAGCCCGAGCACCUGUGCUCCGUUGCGGGCGUUGUCCCCCCCGUCGGCGCCGCACGACGCGGGCCGCUCGCCUCAGCCGCGGGGUCGGAGCGACGAGCGGACGUCGCCGCUGCGUCUGCCUCGCGACGCCCGGCGAAGGACGGAGGGCGAUAGCUCUGCGGACUCGGCGGUCUGUGAGCAGAAGGCCGCAGAGGGCUCGUCCGACACGAGGAGCGGCGACUCCGAUGUGACGCAGGCCGAAGAGGUUCUGACGGUCCCAGCAGUUCAUGACGCAGAUGGUGACGCGGGCCAAAGAGACGGGGAAAGACAACGCUCAUUGACCGCCGCCGACGUGAAUUCCUCUUGCGAGCAGAGACGAUCAAAAUCUUCGUCGCCGGCUUGCGUGAGCCUUACGAGCGUUCCCGACCGUGCCUUUGCCAGGCAGAAAGGGGCCUUAGAGGGAGGCCUGACCAGUGUUUUCAGCGCCGAGGUUAUCUCCCAGCAUCAAUCGGCGGUUUCAAACAGCCGCUCGGAAAACGUGCUGAGCAGUCGCGUGACAGCGGACUUGGAGCAGGGAGAGAUUUCGCCAGGAUUAUCGCUAUCCGUGAGUGAUGCCAGGCUUCCCGAGGCAUCGCGGGAAAACGCGUGGCAGGCGGACGGACGCGUCCCCGGCCAGGGCAGCAUGGAAAUGCGGCAACCGCGGGGCGUCUUCUCCGAGCCGCCGCCGUUCAUAACCAACGGAAGCCGAGCGGACGUGGACGCCGCGCACCGCCUGGCGCGACGCCUCUUCUACCUCGACGGCUUCCGACGCUCCGACGUGGCACGCCACCUCGGCAAGAACAAUGAGUUCAGUCGGAUGGUGGCCGAGGAAUACCUACGCUUCUUCGACUUCUCCGGGAAGACGCUGGACCACGCACUCAGGAUGUUUCUGAAGGCGUUCGCCCUCAUGGGGGAGACACAGGAGCGCGAGCGGGUGCUCGUGCACUUCUCCCGACGCUACCACACGUGCAACCCCGACGGUGUCCCCUCAGAGGACGGAGUUCACACGCUCACUUGUGCCCUGAUGUUGCUGAAUACGGAUUUGCAUGGACCCAACAUUGGCAAGAAGAUGAACUGCCAGGAGUUUAUCGACAACCUCGUUGGACUCAAUGACGGCCGCGACUUCCCCCGCGAUCUUCUCAAGGCUCUUUACAAUUCCAUCAAGAAUGAAAAACUGGAAUGGGCGAUAGACCAAGAUGAGCUGCGGAAGUCUGUCCCGGAGCUUCCGGACAGCAAGAACCUUCCGAGCAAGGCGAUCACGGGCAGCAACCCCUUCCUGCCGAUCAUCCACGACCCCAACGCGGCGACGUACAAGCAGGGCGUCCUCGUGCGCAAGAUCCACGCUGACGCGGACGGCCGCAGGACGCCGCUUGGCAAGCGAGGGUGGAAAUCUUUCCACGCGGUGCUCAAGGGGAUGAUCCUCUAUUUGCAGAAGGACGAGCACAAGGCGGACACGCCGGUGUCGGACGACGACGCGAAGCAGGCGGUGAGCGUGCACCACGCCCUGGCCACGCGCGCCACCGACUACACCAAGCGGCCGCACGUGCUCAAGCUGAAGACGGCCGACUGGCGCGUCUUCCUCCUGCAGGCCCCGAACACCCAAGAGAUGGAGUCGUGGAUCACGCGCAUAAAUCUGGUGGCCACCCUCUUCUCGGCUCCGCCAUUCCCUGCCGCCAUCGGGUCCCAGAAGCGCUUCAGCCGACCGCUGCUGCCGGCCUCUGCCACCAAGCUGCCGCAGGAGGAGCAGCUUCGCUCGCAUGAGGACAAGCUUAAGGGCGUGACCUCUGACCUGGACCAGCAUCGCUCCUACCCACCUGACCCGCGUCGCGUGCGUGCCAAGGAAGCCGAUGACUACCGUCUCAAGCAGCACUACCUCGAGUUCGAGAAAACGCGCUACGGCACCUACGUGACUCUGCUGCGCGCGAAGAUGAAGCUGGGCACGGACGACCUCGACUCGCUGGAGGCGGCCGUGGGGUCUCCCUCGUGCCCCGCCGGCGCCCCGGACGGCGAGGGCACCGCCAUGCGGAAGGCGCGAUCCAGCCCGACGCUGGCGCACGCCGCCGCGGGCGCCAACUCCGAGCCGGAGCUGACGGGGGCUCGCGUCCGUCGCAAUGUGUCCGAUUUGCAGGAGCAGAAUCGGCCGUAGGGCCCCCCAAUCCCCCGCACCACCCCCCCCCUCCACCGGGGCUGCAUCUGCAUCCCCUGCUGCAGGUGCAGGCGACGUGGCGGUGUGUUUUUGCGUCAAGUAGGGUGCUCAUCUUGCUGACGGGGCGCGAGUAUCGCGGUGGUAGCCUUGCAGGCGUGAAGGUAGAAUCGCGGUUCCGCGUCUGGUUGGGCUCGCCGCGGAUCGCUUAACGCAACGCUUAAGCCUCGCUUACGUCACGUGGCGGGGGCGCGUUAAGUUAAUCCCGCUGCCGCGUAUCUCCGAGGUUUAACUUCGGGACGUUAAGUGAACGUUACGCGAGCCGGCGGACAGUCGGUGGGGCAGAGGGGGGCGGAGCCCCGAGUUGCUGCGACACUUUUUAUUGACCUAGUCGCCAACGCGCGACGUGCCACACCGCACCGCGUCGUCCCAAUGUUGGCGCGUGCCGGCACGUUGGGACCACGCGGCCCCGGCGUGAACCCCGCCGUUCAUGGUGUAUUAUCUUAGUCAGGGUUGCCCUGCACAAAAACCGGGGGCAGUGUGUCUCGCCGUGCCCUGACCAGGUUAAUAUAGGUGAUCCAAUCGAUUGACGGCGUUGUUAGUGCCUGCAGUGUUUUAAAGGACCUCCAAUCAGCAAGAUGGCAUCUAAAUUCGCAAGCCGCGCGUUGUCCCGUCUACUCCUGCAAUGAUGGCUCCUAUGUUUCUCCUUCCUCACGUCCACAGCAUCCGGCCCAGUCCAUCCUUCCCCUUUCGCCCUGCCCCAGCCCAUCCACUCAAAAGCAUCUGUGGCUGCCGUCACCGCGUCGUUUGAGGUCUAGUCCGUAGCGCUCUAUUACACGCGUAUUAAGCCCCCGAGUAAAACGUCGCGUGGGGCUCGUGUGCGCCGUGCUGUGCCGUAAACUGUGCCGUACGUUGGGUGACAGUGCCAAUAACAUCCUUAACAUUGCAGCCUAUAGGGUGCAUCGUGUAAUGUGUUUUGCCGUAGGCUCGCACGAGUGUGCAGGUAAAACCCGCUGUGUUGGCUUCGCGUGCGUGUGUACGUGCGUACGCGUGUGUGCGAUUCGCAUUUCUAAUCGUGAAAGCGAUGGGUCGUAGGAGAUGCCAUCGCUCCCAAUUGCUCACCCCGUGUUGGCUUUUCUGUUUAGAAUACAAAUAGGUUGUGGGAUUCUGGUGAGUAUCGUACACAGCCGUUACCACCAUCCUCGCGCACGCGUGCACACACACGUGUGUGUGUUCACGUGUGUGUUCACGUGGGUGUUCACGUGGGUGUACGCCGUGAGGGUGCGUGCGUAGGUUAGCGAGUGGGAUGAAGGACGGCGUAGUUUGUGCGGCGCCGUUGGGCGCGGUUGUGAAACGGGUACACUUUGUGUAUCUUUUCUCCACUGAAAACCAUGUUUACUCAAAGUACACUUAGUGAAUGCGCGUCAUUUAAAGAACAAAACUUUUAAGUUGCUAUGAAUCUGCAGAAAUGUCGCCAGUCUGAGCGGUGACCAAUCGUAAGACGUUCCAAAGCUCUCCCGACAAAUACGUCGUAACGUUGUGUCCCUGCGGAUGUAGGCUACCCUCGAUAGAUAUAAUGACAUACGAAUACGGGUUCGUGCUGUGCGUUUGCUUGCGUUGUGUUUACGCGUGGGUUGCAACUAAACACUUGCUCCAUCUGUCAGUUGGGGAAAUCUCAAACACCGACCUUUGCUUUCCGCACUCUUCCAGGCCCCUCACCAAAUCCACUGCACUUGCACAGUUCGCGUACAAAGUGCGCGUAGCACAGAUCGAACAACGGGGAAAACAAGCGACGCUACUGCGGUGUUCAAACAUUCUGCGCUGAGAAAUGCGCGGGUCGCGCGGGAUUUUUCAACUCGAUUCCUCCGACGCCGGUGGAAUCCGAUCCUCAUGAAACACGCUCAUUGCACACAACACCACGCAAGGGCGCACGGCAUGCCCGUGUGCGAUUUUGCACGCGAAUAGAUGUGAAUUGGAUUCACGCGGGCACAUCACGCGAGUUCAGCAAACCGCCCUGCGUUGUUCUGUGGACCGAAGGCGCGGCAGCGGCAGCAGCAGAGGCAGCGGCAGCGGCAACUACGCGGCGCGAAUGAACGCGGAGCAUUCCAGCAUUGCCGGAUGGUAGAAAGCGUCUGCGGGCAAUUUCGCGUGCGCAUGCCGCGUGCUCCGUCACAGGCCGAUACCUAUUGACUCAGACGCUACCUCUCUGCUUCCUCUACCCUGCCGCUAGCCCCCCCCCCAACCCCACAGAUACCUACAAUUUACAGGUCAUCUUCCCCCGGCAUGAUACGGUUCCAUACGAUGAAACAAGGAUGUGUUGGUGAACAGAAAGGAAAAUAUAUUCUUGGUUCUUUCUUACCGAUUCCUAUAUUCUUGGUUCUUUCUUAUUUCCCUUCUACGUGACUUUACCGAAAGAUCCAAGAAUAUGAAUCCCUGCAGUCACGAAAGCUUUACAUAGAAAAGAAGAUGUCUUUGGGGACCCUUUUUGGCAGUAUCUGCAGAAUAGGCUUUCCCUUUCUGGCAAUAAUAACAGGAGGUGUUAAGAUGUCCAGACACCAAAAAGGCACACCUAUUGCAAGGCAUCGUGUCUGCAUUAACCACACGUACUUGUGGCAAAGCAUGCAAACAAAACAUCCUCGGAUUGCCUUUGAAACUGAUUGGCCUACACCAGAGGCAACAGAGAGCUCUUGGGAUGGGACUGCAGUCGUAAACCACAGAGCUGCAACAUCGAUCACUUGACUCAGACCACCACACAUACACAGUGUACAUUACCUUUUUUUCUACACUUAACAAUUUUUCCCAUCACACACUGCCGCGUUGCUUUCACCCCUUGCCCUUUCAUCUGCGUUCAUUGUUCCGCAUACCAUUUUUUUUCCGUUUCUUUAUUAAAUGCUCAAAUUGUACAUGUGUUAUGGGUACCUCAGCCUUCGCUUAUCUGAGCCAAAGCUACUGCCAUGCCUGACGUUUUUUUUUUCUCACCAUACUUUACCCAGCUGGUCAGUAAGGUUUAGCGAAGGUAGGAUGAAGAGAGAGGGUCGCAGCGUCCACGUUGGAGCAUUGCCGCAGCGUUGAUGGUGCCGCUCUGCUCCCCUCUGAAACCGUAGCCUCGCCUCUUGUCACCCAUGCUGUCAGCACUCGCCAGGCCGAACUCCCUGCUCUCAGAUUCAGAGAUCUGACAUCGGGCGCGUUCCGCGUGAUUUCGCGUACGCAAUCGAAACGCACACACGAGCCUAAGUCGCUGAGCAUUUCCGAUUAGCACGGUUGGCUACGUACGGUGCGAAAGAAGUUCAACAUACAUCGGUUUAAGGCGCUGCUUAAAAUCUCAAGGUCCGACAUUCGUUUAAGGAAGCCUCCGGUAUAAUUGAAAGGCGGUGGUUUCCACGUUGAAUGCUUCAGCUGUGGCCACGUUAGAACCGAAUGUCUUGUACCUGUUGCAUUCAAUAGGCCAACCUCGCACCCUAUUUAAGAUGACGUCGGCAAUGACAUUUCAUCACAAUCUCUGGGGUUUCCACUUGUCCGUACUGCCUGACGAGUUGGUGUUUAUUUGAGCAGCGGUAAGUUUGGAAAAUCAAUGACAUUGCCCCCUUCAAGAAUGCAUCCCACUCUCGACCAGGAUAUAUAUUAUACUGUACUUGCACUCGAUGUGAAUUGACUCGCUUGCCGCGCCAUGCAAGGAAUUUAGAGCAGGUCUAUCCGAUCAAUUAAGGAAUCGGUUAUGCUACCGAUUGUCGAGGCGAUUACUCGGCCGGUCAGAAAACACGAAACACAAUUGGCGAUGUCUUCACGUCGCAUUGUGCCGGGUAUGGUUUGUUGUACAUGACGGUUGAUGAACUUCAACAAAAAAAUUAUUUGCCCACGGCGCUUAAUAAAUGAAUCUAUUUAAUCAUCCCAGCUACGGAAGACUUGUCGCGAUUCAGUUCACGAAUCCAUUAUUUCAUGUUGUGAAUGGUAUGACGUGAACCCGUUACAUAACAGCACAGAUGAAUGGAAAACCGAUUCCUACGAUUACGCAUCUAUCUUGUGUUUAAUAAUUGUGACGAGUCGAUGAACCAAUCGUUCAACCCCGAAUUGACACAUCCUUUUUGAUACGUAUAAAUACACUUGGAACAGUCAUGACAAAUAGAUGAUUCGGUUUCUCUAUUUGAAUAGAGUGGAGUCAUUCCUCCUGCUGAACUGGAAACCCAUUGCACGAUUGCUACCAUUCCACGUCCGAGAUCAGUAAUGGGCCCGCUUGCAUGCGGGGUCAACCCUCCUAACGGGGUCGAGGGUGGUGGCACAGCGGUAUCGGUAAAGCUGCAACGCGUCACUUGAACCCGGCCACUGGGCGAUGCGAACGCGACGUGGCAGGCUCGCUGCGGGGACGUGUGACGGUUCGCAUUGAAGGCGGUCGCUGUCGCUGCUGCUGCCGCUGUGGUGCAUUACCACCCCCCCCCCCCCCCCCGAGUCUGGCGUGCAAUGUCCACUUGUUCAGCCGCAACUUCGAGCCGUGAAGCGCGCGAGCGUGCAUCUCACGAUGCGAAUGUCGAGUCUCUGCGAAAUGCUCGCAAACAAAAAAAACUGAGUGGUGUGCUCCGAUGCCUCGUGCGGGACUCGUGAAUUGUUCUUGAUUUGUUUUAUAAUCAUUGAACGUUUAUUUAUUGUUUACGUUUCCAGCCCCUUCCCCCCCCCUCUCCCUCUUCAUAUCUAUAUCCCCUAUCCUGUAAGGCAAAUAUAUUAUUCAUAGGAUUACCUGUCCACGUUGUGAGUUGUCAGUCCUGAGUGUUGACGCUGUUAAGUUAUACUUUUUUUUAUUGAGUUUCAAAUUUAAAAAAAAAUCUGCUUCGGAUUGACCCGUAUCUUUUGGCUGUGACAUUUUUAGUGGUGCGUUGAAUUAAUUCGUGAAAGCGGUAGAUUAUUUAUGUGCGGUUCGCAGUUAUAAAUGCAACACAAUCUUACAGGGGAUGGAUCUUAUAUUAUAAUUUUCUACCCCCCCCCCCCACCCCCCCCCAGUUUUCAUUGAGCACAUGUCAUGACUAACCGGUUAAACACAUUUCUUACAGCUGUGGUAUAAAUUGAAAUGUCGACACCUUUUCGGGUCCCUAUGGUGUUUUUUUUUGUUAAUUAAUCAUGCUGCGGUACCACACCAUUUGAUGUUGAUAACAAAUAUACUGGAUGUUAUUUGUAAGCCUUUGUGAACGCCCGCACUAUAUAUCGGCCGUCGCGCUCUUAUUUUAGCAAUUUUAUCCGCGGGUUCAGUUUAAUUGCAUUGGCUCAUUUAAUGCUGUGGUUCAGAAUGUGUUGGCAAGGGUGUGAAAUGCGAUACGGCGCGUGUAAGAUACAAAAACAAAGAAAACCAGAAGCUGUAGAUCCAAAAGCAAUAGUAUAUUUUAAAAUACAUACGCUAAAUUGCUCGCGGUCGAAUGAUGGGGAAGGUCGAAAAACCUCAUAGAGAGUUCCCGGUUCAGUGAAUGUCUUCACCAGAGCCGUCCCGAGGGUAAUGGCGAAUCGGGGCGACUGCCCCGGGCCCCGCUCUUUGGGGGGGGGGGGGAGGCGUGCUUCGACGUCACGGCGUCAGAUGAUGUAAUACUUCCGAUGUAGUUUGCAGGCGUCAGGGAGCCCACAGUGGGAUUUGCCCUGCCCCCCCACCCCCCUAUGGACGGCCCUGGCCUUAAUGAUUAGCACAUUUUGGAAAGCUGUAUCUGCUUUUGGUGUAUCAUUUGCGUACGUACGGUGCAUAUACAUGUGCUACUUCUAUAUGUCCGACUAUAAAAUCCCAUCGCGCACACCGUGAGAUGACUUUUACUGUG